AACAAUCUCCAAAACCAUUUCAACGUUUUAAAGGCCAUUGCAAUUCCCCUCCAAAGACUAUUCAAGAACACAAGCAUUUCUUCCAUCCAUGGAGGACAACAAACAUAUCGAGAAUGGUAGCGACGAGGAAUUCGCUUCUACAGACCGUAUCAUCACCGAAAUCAAAACUACUAAGAAAGAAGAAGAAGAAGAAGAACAGCAAGAGAUUUUUUCAAUCGAGAAGGUGUUCGAGAGUCAGGAAGUGCCGGCUUGGCGCGAUCAGCUGACUUUUAGAGCUUUCUUUGUUAGCUUUAUAUUGGGAAUUAUGUUCAGCUUCAUAGUCAUGAAGUUGAAUUUAACGACGGGGAUUAUACCGUCGUUAAAUGUGUCGGCAGGCUUGUUGGGAUUCUUUUUCGUGAAGACGUGGACUAAGUUCUUGGAGAAAUCGAAGAUGUUGAAGCAGCCGUUUACACGGCAGGAGAAUACAGUGAUCCAGACAUGCGUCGUCGCCACCUCCGGGAUUGCUUUUAGUGGAGGUUUUGGGAGUUACCUCUUUGGUAUGAGCGAGGUGAUCGCUAAGCAAUCAGAAGAGGCAAAUGACCCACAGAAUAUUAAGAACCCACGGCUAGGAUGGAUGAUUGGUUUCCUCUUCGUCGUCAGCUUUCUUGGCCUGUUCUCUCUGGUGCCACUUAGAAAGAUCAUGAUCAUUGACUACAAGCUGAUCUACCCAAGCGGGACCGCAACUGCUCACCUCAUCAACAGCUUUCACACCCCUGAAGGAGCCAAACUAGCAAAGAAACAAGUGAAAGCAUUAGGCAAGUUCUUCACUUUCAGCUUCCUGUGGGGUUUCUUUCAGUGGUUCUUCACAGCAACCGAGGCCUGUGGUUUCAAAAACUUCCCUACAUUUGGUCUCAAAGCCUAUGAAAACACGUUCUACUUUGAUUUCUCGGCUACUUACGUAGGCGUUGGGAUGAUUUGCCCUUAUCUCGUAAACAUCUCAUUGCUUGUGGGAUCCAUCCUAUCUUGGGGAAUAAUGUGGCCGCUCAUAGACGCUAAAAAGGGCGAUUGGUAUCGUGCAGAUCUCCCGCCCAAGAAUCUUAAUGGCCUUCAAGGCUACAGGGUCUUCCUUGCCAUCGCCCUGAUCCUAGGCGACGGCCUCUACAACUUCUUCAAGGUGAUGAGCCGAACCCUUUCUGCCAUCAUUCAGCAACUCCGCAAGAGAGACACCACAAUAAUCCCUGUAGCUGAUCGCCCUGAUCUCACCACCACGUCCAUCUCCUACGAUGACCGGCGGCGGACUGAACUCUUUCUGAAAGACCAAAUCCCAUUCUGGGUGGCAGUUGGGGGUUACCUUGCUGUUGCAGCAAUCUCCAUCGGCACCCUCCCUCAAAUAUUCUCUCAGCUGAAAUGGUACUACAUCUUUGUUGCUUACAUCUUCGCACCUGUCCUAGCCUUCUGUAAUGCCUAUGGUGCCGGCCUCACUGAUUGGUCCCUCGCCUCCACAUACGGGAAGCUUGCCAUCUUUACCAUUGGCGCAUGGGCCGGCGCUUCAAAUGGUGGUGUGAUUGCAGGGCUUGCAGCAUGCGGUGUCAUGAUGAGCAUUGUCUCGACGGCCUCAGACCUCAUGCAAGACUUCAAGACUGGCUACUUAACACUAGCUUCCCCACGAUCCAUGUUCGUGAGCCAAGUGAUUGGGACAGCGAUGGGCUGUGUCAUUGCGCCUUGUGUGUUCUGGCUCUUUUACAAAGCCUUCAACAGCAUUGGCAUUCCUGGGUCUGAGUACUCAGCUCCCAAUGCGCUUGUCUACCGUAACAUGGCAAUACUUGGCGUUGAUGGAUUUGGGUCACUUCCAAAGCACUGCCUCACCCUCUGCUACGCGUUCUUCGCGAGUGCUAUUCUCAUCAAUGGGGUGAGAGAUGCUGUGGGAAAUAAAGUGGCAAGGUUUAUCCCUCUCCCAAUGGCAAUGGCAAUCCCAUUCUAUCUCGGGUCUUACUUUACAAUCGACAUGUGCGUUGGGAGCUUGAUACUAUUUGUGUGGGAAAAGAUGAACAAGGUCCAGGCAGAUGCAUUUGCACCUGCGGUGGCUUCAGGCUUGAUUUGUGGAGAUGGGAUAUGGACUUUGCCGCAAUCGGUGCUCUCCUUAGCGAAAGUAAAUCCUCCCAUCUGCAUGAAAUUUCUCUCAAGGGGAACAAAUUCAAAAGUCGACAAUUUCUUGGAAAAACUAUCUUAAUGGUAUUAAUAAACACUUGCUCAAGGUGCCCAUGUUUUUGUAAAUGUUAAACAAGUAGAAUGAUGUUGAGGAUUCAAACCCAACAUUCAAUCAACUCUCCAUUUGAAACUAUCCUAAUGUCGUUUCCUCUCCUUCUAAAAUCUGCUGAAUUUGAUUUCCAUAUGGUAUGGGAGCUUUUCCUCUUUGUAGAUCAUGAAUCACGAUAGUUUAUGCAGUAACAAUAAGGAUUUCUCUUUCAAAUAAAUUGAAUGUAAUUAAGCUAA